GUGACGUCACGCGCGUCGCAGCAGAUUAGGCGGAAGUCGCGCGGCCAGCUGUCAUCGUCGCCGAGAGCCGCCAGCAUCUCGUCGCUCCAAGCGUCUGACCCUGGACGCCCGCUGACGGCCAACAUGGACGAGGACGUGCUGACCACCCUGAAGCUGCUGAUAAUCGGAGAGAGCGGGGUGGGGAAGUCCAGCCUCCUGCUCAGGUUCACAGAAGACACUUUUGACCCAGAGCAGUCGGCCACAAUAGGUGUGGACUUCAAAGUCAAGACCCUUGCGAUUGAAGGGAACAAAGCGAAGCUCGCCAUUUGGGACACGGCUGGACAGGAGAGGUUUCGCACGCUGACGCCCAGCUACUACCGCGGCGCGCAGGGAGUCAUACUCGUGUACGACGUCACACGGCGCGACUCUUUCACGAAGCUCGAAAACUGGUUGAACGAACUGGAAACGUACUCGACACGCAACGACAUCGUCAAAAUGCUGGUCGGCAACAAAAUCGACAAGGAUGACCGUGAAGUGGACAGAAAUGAAGGACUGAAAUUUGCCAGGAAACACUCGAUGCUUUUUAUUGAGGCCAGUGCUAAGACCAAAGAUGGCGUCCAGUGCGCCUUCGAGGAGCUAGUGGAGAAGAUCCUCCAGACUCCGGGGCUCUGGGAGAGCGACGGCCAGGAUCAGAAGGUCCAGCUGGGGCGGCAGGAGCAGGGCGGGGGACGGGCGUGCGGCGGAUACUGCUCCAUACCCUGAAACCCACAGAAACGGCGACCUGACGGAGAAACACUAAGGACCAGAGAAACGGAACUACAGAGGCGGAAGAAGAAAAGGAAGUCAACUGUUGAGAGCUCUGCCAUCUGAGGGAACCCUGCAGUUUUGCACAAUUACUGUUCAAACGUCAUCACUCAUUCGACUCUUAUCAUGUUUCGUUAGCGAGCGCGUCAGUCGGCUUUCGGCCAGCGGUGUCUUCAGAUAAAACGAGACGUGCCCAGGGCGUCGCAGCAGCGCGCGUCUGGGGCGGCUCUCCAUCAUUAGCAGCAGCUGUUCAGUUCGGCAUUACUUUACCAGAAUUGUGCCUGUAACAUAAUCAGAUUUUAGGUGGCGCUUCAGGUUUCAUCCUGAAUAUCUAAUCCUAAACAGUUUAAAAAAUGAAAUCUCCCAGGUUAUGUCCGACUCCCUUCAGAUUCCCGACUUUAUCACACCUCAGCACUGAAUUCUCUGAACCGUGGAGCCCAGUUACUGCCUUUUUUUUUUUUUUGCCCGUCUUUAAACUCUUGUGUCCACAUCGUUACUUCUUGCUGCAAAGUAUUCCCCACUUAUUGUUUGAAUGCUGUUUUCUCGGCAUUAUCAGCCUCUGUAGUCCAACUUAAUCUCUGGUGAGUUUUAGUUUUGCGGUGAUUUCUUUGCAGUUAUCAUUUGUCAACCAUAGACUCAGAACAUUCCCAAGAACUCUUCCGUCUCCUUCAUGUAUUUGAAUUCCAGCUUUAAUUAUUAAUACUUUACUAGUCCUAGUUGCUGUUACCUGGGAGAAGAAAUGAAUUUAAUCUUUUUUUUGUUUGUUUCUUGGUUGUGUUUUUCAGUCUUGUUGUCACACGUCGAUCUGAGACCUGCCUUAACACCAAGAGCUGCAGUCGAGUAGCAUUUGAUUUGUUUUGAACGUAAAUAAAUAGAAACCUGCAGAUUUGA